AUGACGCCGGAACCCUCUGAUCCUUCACUCCCUCCGUCGCCACGUUUCGUCGAUGGCUACUUUCCUCCCCAACCUCCUCCAGAAAUGGCCGUCGACAACGAUACAAUCCUCAGGUUGAUCCAGCAACUCCAGGCCGACCGGGAAGCCUACCUGUCCACUUUCGAGAGGGUCCAUGAGACGUUGACUCAGGCUCUCCAUCCACAGCCAUCCAGGUUCAUAGCCAGUCCCCGGCAGAUCAUCCCAUCGAUCCCGUUGGCGUCGUCGCCCACGUCUCUGCCGUCUUCCGAGGUUGGCCAAGCGGCGGCCGUGUCGAAAAGGCGGCCCAGCCUAGUCAGUCACCACUCCAAUCCCAGCAGCCAUGUUCUCGAGCAACACAACACGGUCCGCCAGCCGAAGGAAUCCAUAUACACUGGUGACGACAGUUCAGACAGCGAGGACGAUGAAUCAUUCUUUGCACAGGAGCUGCUCCCUCCGAGGGAUUUCUCGGAGAGUGAUCUGAUUGAACAUUUGAAGACCUACUCGUGGGAUAUCUACAGCAAAUACAUUCUUCAGGAUCUUCUCCGAAACAUUGACUUGCUUUCGAAUGGCAUUUUCCUCAAGGACAGGCACCACCAAACGGAUGCCAAUCAUCAGCACGCAGAUAUCUACCACGUGGGGACGGACGGCUCGCCUCUGCGGCACUCUCGGGGUGAUUCAGACGAAGGCCCGUUGGCGGCUUGGGAAGCGUUGAAAAACACCAACAAUGACAAGUCACGGAAGCAAGCCGUUGGACGGAUCGUCGUCGUCCGAGAGCCUGCAUCGAGCCUGUUCGCCGCCUUGCACCUCACCAUGAGUGAGUACUUCGACAUGGAUUCCAUUUUUCGCAUCAUGAUCGACGACCACACCCCGACCAAAGCGAUAACAAAGGGAUACUUGAAGGGGGACCACCGGCGGCAACGAUCCGUGGUCUUUGUCUUCAAGUAUCACACCAUCGUGGGGGAAGGGCGUGCGCCUCUGCAUUGGCAGAAUCAUGACGAAGAUCCGGAAACCGAGGAUGGCCAUAUACCGCUGACGACGUGUUCUUCCGUUGUUGCCCUCUCCCUCGCCGGCAAGCCCAGUUACACCCUCCGACGUAAUUCUAGAAAGAACAAAUCCGUCAUUGGGCAUGUUUACGACCCGUUCGCGCCGUGGCACGUCCUCUCCAUCCAGUGUUUUCCCGACUGGAAUUCCAGCGUCGAUACCCACGAACAUAACCACCAUUAUUGCAAUGGUCCCGAUGCUUUUCUGACGGGCGUGCUCUCGGAAUACAAAGAUGCAAUCAAACGGUUCAAGGUGAUACAUAAGGCCAUCCAAGAACUGGCCACCCCGCCGAACAAGUCGAUCUUCGACAGCGCCCUGCGAGACGAACUUCUCUUCGAGAACAACAAAUUCACCUACUCGCGCCGCUAUUUCUGGGCCUCGCAGACCCUGGGUCUCUUGAGCAACGAGAUCAAGGACAUGAUUUCCGCCUACCGGGACACCUUCACCGAUGAGUUCUGGUCGGGGGAGCACAAAACGUUGUUCCCAGGCACCAAGGACCAGUCGCCGCGGUACAACAACUGGCGGAAGAAACUUGUAUAUACUCGAAGACAAUUUGAAAAGGAAAUUUCUCAGCUUGAGGAGGUUUUGAGAAUAUUUCAAGAGCAGCAAAAGCAGAUCAAAAACCUGCGGGAGUGGCUGUUCAGCGGAACAUCGGUCCUGGAAAGUCGCGAGGCCGUGAGUAUGGCGAAGAUCACCGUCGAACAAGGCUACAACAUCCGGCUGUUGACGUUGGUCACAUUGUUCUACCUGCCGUUGAGCUACGUUACGGGAAUUUACGGGAUGACGAACAUGCCACCGAACGACUCCUAUAUUCCCUUCGCCAUGACAACGGUGGGGAUCUGCAUACCGACUUACCUCCUGAUUGUGAUCGUGAACAACCCCAAUGUCGUCAGACGACUUCUGACCAAUGCCGGCCUCUUUUUCACCAAAGUCACCUCAAUUCCAGCCCCGGAGAAGUCUGAGAAGCUCAGGGAAAAGAUCUUAGAGAGCAAAAUUGCCCGCAAGGGCGAACAGCAACAGACAAUGCAGAAGGUUGCGACGUUUGCGAGCCUCGAGGCCAGACUGUCCCAAGACCUGGGCCAGGAACCUUCGUUACGGGGCUCUCACGGUUUCACGCAAGCGACCCGUCGUAUGUCCCACUCGAUUGGCAACUAUCUCCCUGGCAUAGCGACAAGACACGCUUCGCAGCUCCCAGGUCAGUCAAUACCCAGGCUUUCCACGUUUCCGGAGGAACCCCGACUACCUCGGAGAUCCAGCACCAUCAAGUUCGAUGAACCUUUCUCGAGCUCGACCAAGUGGCAGGCACUAGAACCGCCACGGGCCACCGUCCAGGACUUUGAGAAGUCAUUCUCGAAUCUUUCAGGCAUAUCCCCAACGGAGACUCCGCCGAUGCCCGCCGUGAUCGUCCAGACGCCCAACGGAUCACCCCUGCUGUCUCCCUCGAGGGCCAGGCUGAGGCCUCCGGAAUGGCGAAGAGAAAGGAGCGUUAGCCCCCGGAGCGGGCCCAGAGACAGCAGGUCUCUAUUCGGGAGACUCAGUAGUCGAUUGUCAUCCGCGCUGCCGUCGCCGAGAUCGUCUGAGCCAGGGAGUCCCAUGGAGCCUGUCUAG